AUGAAUACAAUCUUAGAGACUAAUUUGCAAACAAUUGAUACUACUAUUGAGAGCGGGAUUCUAUUGGAAAGGGAGGAGACAAGGCCAAAACGUACAAAGAAGACUGAAACUAGUUCUUCUGAAAAACCAGUCAAGGAGUUUAAGUCUAUGAAGAUUCCAAAGAAUCAACCAAUCACUGAUGAAGAGCCAGUGACACAUGAAGUUUUGGUUGUUGACACAACCUUAACUAAGCCUGUUGUCCAGAAACUCAAGAAAAAGAAAUUAUUCCUUCGAAGACCGGGAGUCCAAUUUCGUGAAAUUCCAACGCCUGUUUCUCCAUCUUCAAAGAAACGAACGGCUGUAGAUAUGGCUAAACAUAUCUCAAAGAAGAAGAAGAAGAUAAGCAAAAUGAUCAUCUAUUCUGAAUCUACAGAUGACAAAGAUGAAAGGAUUCGAGAAACUCUUAAAGCAAAUCUCCAAAAAGAUACUUCUACUCGAUCACAGACAGCAGUUAUACCACCCGAAGAUUCGGUUUCCAAGUCAUUUUCUGAGGAGGCACGAACUUUUGACAUUCUUGUAUACGUAUCUAAUACGGAUGCAAAUGUCCUCAUGGGUGAGGAUGAUUCGAAGAAAGCGGAACAAGGUUUUGGAGGUACUUCUGAGAAUUUGGUAUUUGGUGAAGACGAAGCUGAUUUCCCAGAUCAUAUGCUUAUGACAAUGAAGCAAAUCUUAAAUACAAAGCUGAAUUGUAUUCUUCAAUCAGAAGCAGAUCUUGGGGGAGGUAAUUCUGCAUCAAGUUUAGAGGUUGAUGGUUUGUUAAAAUUGCUAGAAGGAAGGAUCACUUUGAAAGUUUAUAUUAUGAUCAAAGACUAUAAGUUUUGUAUUUUGGAGAAGGUUGAUCUGUGUGAUCAAAAUAAUGAGUUGAGUGUGAAUUCUCAAAAUUCCACAUUUGAAGGAGAUUUGAAGGAAUUGCGAAAGGAGACCAAGGAACGUCAUGUAUUGUUUACUCAAGACGUCAAGAAGGUUCGUGAGGAUGUCAACUUCAAACUUCAAGAACUUUGUCAAUAUAUGGACAAAGAGAUUGCAUGUGUUCGAACGGCAUAUGCUUCUUUAAAUCAGAAGGUUGACAUCAUCUGUGAUGCUAUGAUGAUAUUUUCCAAGUUGUAUGAAAGUUUGAGUCCUCAACUAUCUCAACUCUAUACAACUGAAAGAAAAAUUUUUAUGGAGGUCAUCACUUUGUUAAUGGGGAUCAAAGAAUUAUCUACAAAGCUAGUAUCAUCUUCUCAACUAUCUUCGGAUUUUCUGUUGCAAAUUUUUCUCAAUUCAAAGAUAUACUUCUCAAACAAUUUACUCCUCUUUCUCGCAUAUCCAACCUUCUUCCAACAACAGAUGCCCCACCUGUUUAUACAGGGGUGCAAGGGGGAAAGGAAGGGUGAAGAUUCGAAGGCUGGUGGUGACGAUGUGAAGAUUCAUCCAAUGUAG